ACCUUCCCGACCGCGCACAUCAAUUUGCGCAUCCCCGUCAGAGUCGAACAAUUCCUAAGCACGCCUCCUGAUCUCCUCCGCCAUUUCGCUUGACACGGCGUCAUCGGUUUUAUCCACGAAUCACCUCCUCGUCUCGCCUAGGAUCCAAAGGCAAGGGACCAAUCACACGCGGAGAAGACGAGAGCUCCAGGAUUUCUUCUAGGAGCCAAUCCAAGAACUGGGCCUUCUUCUUCUUGGGACAACGGAUCGGCCAUGGCGCCGCCGCCUCCGCCACCAAACGAAGGGGACCUCGCCACGCCGGCCGCGCUGCGGGCGCCGGCGGACGUGAUCUCCCGGGUCUUCUCGCAGCUGGACUGCGUCGACCUCCUCAGCUGCUCCCUCGUCUGCAGGCAAUGGUGCCGCGAUUCUGCGGAGCUACGGGAAGAGUGGAGGAUGGAGUACAUGGAUGCGUGGAACCUGCAGGGCCUCAACGUCAAGUCCGAUACCCGAUCAACAUGCCCAACUUGCUCCAUCAGAAGCCUGCGAACCUGGUGCCCUUGACCUUCAAGGCUUCAACCAGGCAGGGCACCAGAGUUGCAUUGCCACAAGCAUAUUAUUCAGUGUCAGUGCUACCUGCACAAGACCAAUCUUUAUAUGUGUACAUGCCUGAUAAACUGUAUUGAAUUUACAGUGUGCAUUUGUACAGUUAUACAUACACUUUAUAUCAGGAAUUAAGAGUGUGGACUGCAAUUGUAGGAAUUUUCAUUCA